UUCAGCCCAGAAGGCAUGCUUGCAAAGACUCGACUUGCAAUCCUCCAUUUUAACGAAAACUCAAACCGCUGCCAAGCCGUCACACGAGAGGGCAAGCCACGUUGGUCGGUCGUAACAUCAAAAGCACGAAAGGGCCACCACACAGCACGACCAGAGAUUACGGAUCCCACUUACAAGUAUGUUGGAAAGCUCAUCAAGGAGGCAAUGGAGAGCAGCAAACAGUGGCGGUCCCUGGCUGCUGCAUCGAAGGCCAACACCGUCGUCUUCCCGGCAGCGAUGACUGCAGCCUACACAAGGCCUCCAAAAGAGGAACUCGUGGCAGCACGAAUGUCCAGGUUCGGCCAGAGUCCCCAGUAACGGCAUCAAAUUUCU